GGAAAAUUGUCAGUGUUAAGCAAUCCACCUCCAACUUCGGAGCUUGAGCACGCCCUGUCCUCCCCCGGGACUAACUCUCCGGGUUCUGAUAUGCCCACCUACCCUGAUCUACCUGACUCUGUGGCAAGAGAUAGGAAGAAUGGAACAUUUAGUAAAGAGAAGCCAGGCCUAGUGCAGCUUGAGCACAGUACAAUACAGACCGGUAAACCCUGUGAUAUUGAGAAGAUAACAAUCCCUGGUAAACAAAAGAAAUGUUCUUGUUGUCUUAUCCUUUAAUUAAAUAUGCAUAUGUAUAUUUAUUAUAAAUUGCAUAUUUAAGUCUAAAACUAAAGAAUGGAAAUGAAUGUACAUCAUCUCAGAUUUGGAAGAAAACUGAAUGUCAAAUUUUCUUUUCAUAACAAGACAGCAAAUUUUCUGUAUUCGUUAUUUAGUUUUAGACUAAGAUUAUUACAAAUAUUUAGUCUCUGUUUUGAAUUUUUAAAGUUAACUUCUUUUGACUUUCUUAAUUCUCGACUUGUCUUAAAAUUCCUUUUUUGUCAUUACCGUAACCUUGUAAUGAAUCUCCUAUUUUAAUCCCAUUUUUGUAAAUUCUCGCUUAUUUUUUUUCUGUUUUCUUUCUUAGUUUUAUUUGUUAAUCUUUAAUGUUUCCGAUACCUUACUUUGAAAAUAUAUUUUUAAUUAUUUCUUUUUACUUCUCAUAUUUAUGGGCUUCAUGCACAAUCUCCAUUUUAUGGGUUUAACUGAUCCUUGUGUAUUAUAAACUAGUGCCUUUUUAUUUACAUAAGACCAAAUUUUCAAUCUACGGAUAAAUUAUCUGUAGUUUAGCGUCUAUGCAUUUGUGAACAUCGUAGAUUUUGUAAAAGCUAUUAUUAUAUUAACUAACAUAAUCUGAUGUACAUAAACCUAUUAUUGAAUCUUCUAUCGAUGUGUUGUCUGUGUAAAACUGUUUAACAAUUUAGUACAUAAACUGUAUACAAUUCAUAACACUUCAUAUCACAUAUUAGAUUCUAGCAAUGUAUGUAGUCAAAUCAUUAAAAAUUAAGAAAGAUUUCAAAUAUUUUCCAGACUUUGGUAGCAUUCGAGGUUUAUCUUUUCAUUCAUUUUUUAUUUAUUUCAUACUCUGCACUUAGGUUCUAAUAGUUGAGAUUUUUUAUCAAAACUGGAACUAUUUUACUACUCUGCACUUAGGUUCUAAUAGUUGAGGUUUUUAUCAAAACUGGAACUAUUUUACCACUCUGCACUUAGGUUCUAAUAGUUGAGGUUUUUAUCAAAACUGGAACUAUUUUUGUUUUUUGUCUCAAAACUUUAUUUAAACACUAUAAUCCAUCAAAUUUUAGAUCAAAAUUAAUAUGAAGUUGAUCAAAUGCUUGAAAUAUCUACACCUAAAUAACUAAAAACAAAAUCUAUAUACAAUCAUGUUUUCAAGCUUUACAAUGGUGGAUAGUUUAUUUUUGUCAUAUUUGUGUUCUCUGUCAUAAAAACAAACCUAUCUAGUCUUGCCAAAAUAUUACAAAAAUUGUUUUGCAAAUGAAGAAAUAUCCCCUUUAACCCUAUUUUCACUUAAAGAGAUACAACUAGUUUAUUAACAUUUAUUCUGUUGAUUAAUUUUAUUUAUUAGAAUUCUCAAAAAAGUAAAUUUUUUCAAUUCGUUUUAAGAAAGUCCUUUCUAUAACAUUAUUAGUUUCCUUUCUAUAAUUUUAUUCCGGAGUUAAAUCAAUUUUUAUCUUUUUUAAUUAUAAAUUUGUGAAUUAAUAUCAAAAUAUAAAUGUUUAUUAAUACUUUAUAUGUCGAUGAUAUUGUAAUGUGUAUUUACGCCUUUUUUCCGAGAUUUUACAAUUGUAUGUCAUUGGUCAAUGGUCAAGUACAUUAUAUAAGAAUGUACAUUGUACAAUUUACAUGAAUUUACAGUAAGUACAUAAUUCAUGUACACCGAGGAACGGUACCAACAUCACUUUUUUCUAAAACACAACGCAGACAUUCUAUUAAAUGUAUGCUGAUGUUCUGUGUUUUAUAUACAGUAUUGUUUGUUCAUUAUACAAUCUACAAAAGUUAAUGAUGCAACAUUUUCUGAAACAUUUGUCAUUUUUGUCUUUCUAUUAUUCUUGUACUUAGUCGAAUUUUUAAAAAUAAAUUUUUCAAUAUU